GGCAGCUUAGACAGACCAUGACAAAGUUCUGUCAAGAGCAUUUGGCUCCAAAGGCCCAACAAAUUGACCAGGAGAAUGAAUUUAAAGGCAUGCGGGAAUUCUGGAAGAAACUUGGGGAACUGGGAGUUCUGGGGAUCACAGCUCCUGUGGAAUAUGGUGGAUCUGCUCUGGGCUAUCUAGACCAUGUGCUGGUGAUGGAGGAAGUUUCCCGUGCAUCAGCUGCUGUUGGGCUUAGUUACGGAGCCCACUCGAACCUUUGUAUCAACCAGCUGGUGCGGAAUGGCAAUGAAGCCCAGAAGGAGAAGUACUUGCCCAAGCUCAUUAGUGGGGAGCACAUUGGGGCCUUAGCAAUGAGCGAGCCCAAUGCUGGGUCUGAUGUUGUGUCCAUGAAGCUGAAGGCAGACAAGAAAGGGGACUACUAUGUUUUGAAUGGGAACAAAUUUUGGAUCACCAAUGGGCCAGAUGCAGAUGUUCUCAUCGUUUAUGCUAAAACUGACCUUAAUGCUGUUCCAGCCUCCCAAGGGAUAACUGCUUUCAUUGUGGAGAAGGGAAUGCCAGGCUUUAGCACGGCACAGAAGCUUGAUAAACUGGGAAUGAGAGGGUCUAACACCUGUGAAUUGAUCUUUGAGGACUGUAAGAUCCCUGCUGAAAAUAUCUUGGGGAAGCUGAGCAAAGGAGUCUAUGUUCUGAUGAGCGGGUUGGACCUGGAGAGGCUCGUGCUGUCUGGUGGGCCACUGGGACUCAUGCAAGCUGUUCUUGACCAUGCAAUUCCAUACCUACAUGUAAGAGAAGCAUUUGGACAGAGAAUUGGCCACUUCCAGCUCAUGCAGGGCAAAAUGGCUGAUAUGUACACUCGGCUGAUGGCCUGCCGGCAGUAUGUCUACAACGUGGCCAAAGCCUGUGACCAGGGCCACUUUAAUGCAAAGGACUGUGCUGGAGUGAUCCUCUUCUCAGCAGAGUGUGCUACCCAGGUGGCUCUUGAUGGGAUCCAGUGUCUCGGUGGGAACGGAUACAUCAACGACUACCCCAUGGGGCGCUUCCUGCGUGACGCCAAGCUCUACGAGAUCGGAGCUGGCACCAGCGAGGUGCGCAGGCUGGUCAUUGGCAGGGCCUUCAAUGCAGCCUUCAAGUAACCUCCAGCAAUGGAGGGGCAGCCCGCUGAGCACCACGAGGCCUUUCACAUAGAGGUUGGAGCACACAACUUUGUUCUUCUGUGAUUCUUGUCUUGACGCUUGUGAAGUCUGCUCCGUGAUCAGAUGAAUCAGACUGCAGAAUAGAAGGAAAAUGUAUUUGUUUUCUUCUUGUGAUCAGCCUGAUUCAUCCUGUCCAUAAGCCAUCCUAAAUCUCAGCACUGCCAAGCUGAGGUUCAUCCACAGGACAUAUGGCAACCAAAGCAACAGUCAGCGUGGCUGGAACCAGGGGAAAGCCAUUGCUUGGAUUUGACUCAGAAACUCGAUCUAAAAAAUGUCUGUGGGUAUGAUUUUAGUUCUCUUUUUAAAACGGUGUGCCAUUAAUAGCUAGCAGCUAGCAUGCUGCCACUGGAAAGAGAGAUUUCCCAUUGAGAUCUUCCAAUGGGAUGAAUAACUUCUGUUUUGGGGAAUGUGACACCGACUGCAUUGUGGGGGCAGCCAUUUGGAAUGCUUGAACAUCGUGGGUGCCCAACCAGUGUUUAAGGUGAUGAUCUUAAAAUUUCAUUAAAAUACCACAUCUGUUUCUGUGCAUACUUCCUUUCCUAGUCCUGCUGCUUCUCAAGAUAUUUUAGCACAGCCCAAAGCCUUUGCCUCCCUGAUGGACUGCCUCCUGCUGUGUUAUUCAUCCACCAGUGUUGCCAUCCAUCAUUCCAGGAACAGUUAAAACGUCAGGCCUGUAUUGUGACAUCCAUGAAUGAAGCAGGCAGGGGGAGGCUGACUUUUGGGUUUGGGGUUAUUUGUUUUUUUUCUUGUUUUUUUUUUCCUUUUUCUGAAGACUGUUCUUUUGGCAAAAGCAUGCAUUCUUGCUCUGCUGAUGGUUGGCUGAAGAAGAUGAAGCAAGAGCAGCAGUAUUUGUGGCUGUCCUUAGUGUAUGUUACAUAGAGCACACUGAAUUUCGCCUUAUUAAAGAGAAUUGCACUCUC